UACCUGAAAGUCAAAUUAAAACUAUUCUUCAGUAUGUUAAUAAAAAAAGAAACAAUUGUUAGUUAUGUAAACUUUGUUUUUUUUUUAAUUUAUUUGUUUUAUUAUUUUAGACGUUCGAGUUCACAAAUUUAUAAUGUAACAGUGUUUUUUCUAUUCUUUAUGAGUUUAUAUGCCAUAUUAGGUGUACAAUUUUUUGGAUCACUUACAUUCCAUUGUGUGAGAAAUGGUACUGAUUUAAAUAAUGUGACACAGUCAGAUUUAAUGAUACCUGAUACAUAUUGUUCGCCAACAAAAGAUGGUUUUCAUUGUCCAGAAAAUUUUACUUGUAAAAAAAUUGAAAUUCAACGAAAUUUACGUGGUUAUAAUGGUUUUGAUGAAUUAGCAACUAGUUUUUUUUCAGUUUAUGAAUCAGCUAGUCAAGAAGGAUGGGUAUUUCUUAUGUAUCGAGCUAUUGAUAGUCUUCCAUCAUGGCGUGCAUUUUUUUAUUUUAUUACAUUAAUUUUUUUUCUUGCAUGGCUCGUCAAAAAUGUAUUUAUUGCCGUUAUUAUUGAAACAUUUGCUGAAAUUCGUGUUCAAUUCCAACAAAUGUGGGGUUCAAGAGGAGCAAUAUCAAACAUUGAAGCAACAAAAAUACUGCAAAAAUCUGAUAAUAGUACAUUAAAAUUAGUUAAUAUUGAUGAAAAUACUAAGAAAGGUGUAGUACCAGCUAUUUUUUUUAAAAUUGUACAAACUCCCGUGUUUACAACAAUUGUCAUGCUUGUUGUACUUGCUAAUACAAUCUUUACAGCGACUAUUAAACAUACACAUAAUGAAAUAAUUGAUAAAAAAAAUCGUGAAUUUUAUCAUAAAAUUGAGACAUUAUUUACGAUAUUUUUUGAUUUGGAAGUACUUUUUAAAAUCGUUUCAAUGGGCUUUAGAAAUUAUAUUCGAAGAUCAACAUUGAAAUUUGAAUUUAUUCUUGCUGUAGGAACAACUCUUCAUUGUUUUCCAUCAUUUUAUCGAAGUGGUUUUACAUAUUUUCAAGUUCUACGUGUCGCUCGUCUACUUAAAUCAAGUCCUUUACUUGAAGAUUUUCUUUAUAAAAUUUUUGGUCCGGGUAGAAAACUUAGUAGUUUAAUUUUAUUUACAAUGUGUUUAUUAUUGAUAACAUCAUCGAUUAGUAUGCAAUUAUUUUGUUUUAUUAAAGGUCUUGAACAAUUUGAAACAUUUCCUCGUGCAUUUAUGUCUAUGUUUCGUAUUGCUAUGAAUGAUGGUUGGACAGAAGUGAUGUAUUCAGCAAUGGACGAAGUUUAUGAAUUUGGAGUAUUCUUUUUAUGUCUCACAGCACUUUUCUUUAUUUUUUUUCAUUUAUUAACUAAUUCGAUUGUACUUUCACUUUUUGUUGCCGUCAUUUUGGACAAUCUUGAACUUGAUGAAGAUAUUAAAAUGAUUAAACAGUUAAAAACACGUCAAGCUAGUGCAGAAAUUCAACAAAAAUUACCAUGGCGUUUACGUGUAUUUGAAAGUUUUCCUGAUCAUCCUCAAAUGGUUGAAUUAUCACGCUUACCACAUGAUUUUAUAAUUCCAAAAGUUCGUGAUAGUUUUAUGCGUCAAUUUCUUAAUCAAGAUGAUAUUUAUUCAUAUUCUCCUGAACUUUCAAUGGAUUUAUAUAAUAAAAAAUAUACAGUUAAAACAUUACAUACGCCCGAAUAUCGAUCAACAGGUGAUACUAUGAAACGAACAGCUGUAAACAAUAUUAUCAGAAAUGCAAGUAAUCAACGUUUAUUAAGUGGUGAUGCUAGUCAAGUACAAUUAGCAAGUACAGCUGAUAAUAAAGUAUCAAUAUUUGUACAACAAAAUAAGAUUCGACUUGAUCGAAAAAAUUCCAUGCGUCGUUCAGGUUAUCGAUCAAAACCAGUAAAUGUUAUACGUGAAAAUGGAGAUAUUGGUGCGUUACAAGGUCGAAAUCAAGAUGAUUAUGAUAUCAAAGUAUUUCAAUAUCGAAAACAACAAGCUGAAUUAAAACGAAAUCAACAGGAAGAAGAUCUUCGUGAAAAUCAUCCAUCUUUUGAUACACCUUUAUUGAUAAUCGCACGUGAAAGUAAUUUUCGAAAAUUUUGUCAAUUUCUUGUUGAAGCUCGUUAUAAUAUUAAAGCUAAAGAUUCUCUUGGACAAGAAUUAAAAAUUAGUCAAUAUAAACAAGGACAUAAAUUUCUUGGUUUAGUAACAUAUCUUGAUUGGAUUAUGAUACUUGUAACAAUAUUAUCAACAGUUAGUAUGUCAUUUGAAACACCUGUUAAUCGAGUUGUUGAUCAACCUUUAUUACAAAUAGCCGAAUAUGCAUUUGUUAUUUUUAUGAGUGUUGAAUUAACAUUAAAAAUUUUUGCACAUGGUUUAGUUUUUACACCAAAAGCAUUAAUUCGAGAUAUUGGUGGAGUUAUCGAUGUAGUAGUUUUUUUUAUUGGUUUGAUAUUUCUUUGUUGGUCACCACGAAAAGUUCCAGCGAAUAGUCUUGCUCAAUUUCUUAUGCUUCUUCGAUCAAUACGACCUUUACGAAUUUUUAUUUUGGUACCUGAUAUGAAAAAAGUUGUUUAUGAAGUUUGUCGAGGAUUUAAAGAAAUUCUAUUGGUAUCAAUUUUACUCGUUGUAUUGAUGUUUAUGUUUGCUAUUUAUGGUGUUCAAAUUAUUGGUGGACGAUUAGCUCGUUGUAAUGAUAAAGUUUUUUUUGAUGAUCAAAAAUCAUGUCAUGGAACAUUUUGGAGAAAACUUUCUGUAUCAAAAAUGAAUGUUAGUGGUGAUGAUCCAGUUAUGCUAGUACCUCGUGUAUGGGCUAAUCCACAUAAUUUUAAUUUUGAUUAUAUUGGUAGUGCUAUGUUAGCUCUUUUUGAAGUUCUAUCACUUGAAGGAUGGCUUGAUAUACGUGAUAUUAUUAUGGAACGUAUGGGUCCAGAACAUGUUAUAUUUGUUCAUAUAUUUGUAUUUAUUGGUACAUUAAUUGGUUUAACUCUAUUUGUUGGUGUCGUUAUUGCAAAUUAUUCAGAAAAUAAGGGAACGGCUUUAUUAACAGUUGAUCAACGUCGUUGGAUGGAUUUAAAAGGUCGUAUAAAACUUGCUCAACCAUUACGUGGACCACCUCGACCAGAAAAUAGCAAAUUUCGUUCAUAUGUAUUUGAUAUAACACAAAAUCGAUUAUUUAAAAAAUCUUCUGCUAUACUUGUUCUACUUAAUUGUGCAUUACUUUAUAGACCAUGGAAAGCUAAUGAACCAAUAACACAAAUAUCAGCGUUAAUAUCAUCUUUAUUUACAUUUUUAUUUCUUGUUGAAGCUGUUAUGAAAUGUAUUGCACUUGGUUUUGUUGGUUAUUGGCAAUCACGUAGUAAUCGUUUUGAUUUAUUAGUUACUAUACUUGGUAUUGGUUGGAUUGUAUUAAAUUUUAUUUCUAUUAGUAAGAUUGAACUGCAAGAAUUUAGUAAUACAUUUGGAUUUACUGUCAUUAUACUUCGGUUUUUUACUAUUGCUGGAAAACAUGCAACACUUAAAAUGCUUAUGUUAACUAUUAUUGUAUCAUUCUUUAAAUCAUUUUUUAUUAUUCUUGGUAUGUUUUUACUUAUGUUAGUAUAUGCUUUUGCUGGUGUUAUACUUUUUGGUUGUGUUAAAUUUGGUUCUGAACUUGGACGACAUGUUAAUUUUAAAACAGUAUCUAAUGCAAUUGUUCUAUUAAUGAGAAUUGUUACUGGUGAAGAUUGGAAUAAAAUAAUGCAUGAUUGUAUGGUUGUACCACCACGAUGUACACGUGGUGAUUCCUAUUGGGAAAGUGAUUGUGGAAAUCCAACAGCAUCUAUACUUUAUUUUUGUUCGUUUUAUAUUAUAAUUACUUAUAUUGUAUUAAAUCUUCUUGUAGCUAUUAUUAUGGAAAAUUUUUCAUUAUUCUAUUCAAAUGAAGAAGAUGCAUUACUUAGUUAUACGGAUAUUCGUCAUUUUCAAACAGUUUGGAAUAUGAUUGAUAUAGAACGUAAAGGUAUUAUACCAGUUCGACGUGUAAAAUUUUUAUUAAGAUUACUUCGAGGAAGAUUAGAAGUGGAUGCCGAAAAACUCUAUAAAUAUAUGUGUUAUGAAAUUGAAAAAUUAAAUAAUGGUAAUGAUGUAACAUUUCAUGAUGUACUUAAGUAA